GAAUGCCGCGUAGGCCAAACCUAAAAUGACUAGUCACAUCUUCGUUUGUUAACACUCCAAACACCUGCAAAACCCUAAACCCUAAAACAAUGGCAGCAGCGAAAUCGUCGGUAGAUAUCGAAGUCGAAGACAGAGAACAAGCCGACGAGACUUCGAAGAGCUUCGAAGAGCUCGGGGUCGACGCUCGUCUCAUUCGCGCUCUUUCGAAGAAAGGCGUGAACAAGCCGACUCCAAUCCAAUGCUCCGCCGUCCCGUUAAUCCUAGAAGGGAAGGAUGUGGUGACUCGAGCUCAUACUGGUUCAGGGAAGACGUUUGCGUAUUUGCUACCUGUUCUGCAGAAGCUGUUUUCGGAGGUUUCGGAGCAGAAGAAGGCUGCGCCGGCUGUGUUUAUUGUUGUUCCGACUCGGGAGCUCUGUCAACAAGUGUAUAAUGAGGCCAUGUCGUUGAUUGAGUUGUGUAGAGUUCAACUUAAGGUUGUUCAAUUUACUACGGAUGCGCAGAUUAAUGACUUGAAAGUAGCAUUGGCAGGGCGGCCUGAUAUUCUUGUGUCUACUCCUGGAGGUAUACUUAAAUGCUUGAAAUUAGGGGUGCUUCAAGGAAAACAGAUUCAAGAUUCACUUUCUGUUCUUGUUCUAGAUGAGGCUGAUCUUCUGCUUUCAUUUGGGCAUGGGAAUGAUUUGAAAGCUCUAACUGUUCACAUACCUCGCCAAUGUCAAUGCCUUCUUAUGUCUGCUACUAUAAGUGAAGAAGUUGAAACGCUGGCAAGGCCUCUACUACACAAUCCAUAUAUCUUGACUUUGUGUGAUAAUGGGAAUGAAAAGGAUGAAAUUGUGUCUAAAAAUAUUCAGCAAUAUUAUAUCAAAUGCAGUUCUCGCGAUAAGCUUGUUCACAUCCUUGCCCUCUUAAAGCUGGAGCUGGUCCAGAAAAAAGUUCUAAUAUUUACCAACACAAUAGACAUGAGCUUUAGACUAAAGCUUUUCUUGGAGCAGUUUGGAAUCAAAUCAGCUGUUUUCAAUUCCGAGUUGCCACUGAAUUCUCGUAAACAUAUCAUUGAGGGAUUUAGUGCUGGACUUUUUGAUUAUAUGAUUGCUACUGAUGAUGGUGACUCCAAAGAAAAGGAAAAAGACGGGGAUGGAGAUAAUGCCGUGAAAAAAAAAUCUAAAAGGCGUGCCAAAGACACUGAAGCUGGUGUAGCGAGAGGAAUAGAUUUCAAAAAUGUGCAUACGGUUAUAAAUUUUGAUAUGCCACAAAGUGCGGUACGAUAUGUACAUAGAAUUGGGCGGACUGGAAGAGCGCAUGACUUGGGUGAAUCAGUGUCUCUUGUUGCUCCCGAGGAAGAAAACGUUUUCGAAGAAAUUGAAGCUUUGUUGGGGGAAAAUGGUCCAGACUCAAACCCUAUUGCUAAGUUCCGUUUUCCGACUGAGAAUGCUGUUGAGUCUCUACGAUAUAGAGCUGAGGAUGUUGCAAGAAGUGUAACAAAAAUUGCAGUGAGAGAAUCACGAGCUCAGGAUCUAAGAAAUGAGAUUUUAAAUUCUGAAAAGUUGAAGGCCCAUUUCCAAAAUAAUCCCAAGGAUUUAGAUCUUCUGAAACAUGAUAAGCCUUUAAGUAAAAAGGCCCCUGCUCCUCACCUCCGUGAUGUCCCUGCAUACCUAUUGGAUCCAACAACACAAGAAGCAAGCAAGAUUGUCAAGCUUACUAGUGCAGUAAUGAGAAGAAAUAAUAACUCUGCUCGCCGCAGAGGAUCACAGGGGAAGUCUAGGAACAGAGAUCCUCUCAAAAGUUUCUCUGCCCAGGGACAGAAGAAUUCUUCAAAAGGAGGGAUGAAAAGGAAGGGAACAGACGGGGAUAGUGGCAAAAAAUCCAAAACAAAACACACAUGAUGCAUUUUGUUUUACUGCAUAUAAUUUAAGGUGGUCUAAUGUUGUCACUUGUAAUGUCCCUCAAUUUUGUAUCGAGUUUGUAAUGCCAUAACGAAUAUGUCCCCCCCUGCGGUUCUCAAUUAUGUAUUGUUAGUCUUCAGGUAACAUGAUAUGUAACUAGCUUACCCACACUGCUCUUAGGUCUCAACCAUUUUCGGGACAUUGGAAUGGAAAUACAUGUUUGUGCUA